GGGCGGCCGGUUGCUAGGACCUGGUGAACGCUGUGCUCCCGCGUCCUCCGCAGUCGAGUCUUGGAGGAUGGAGUCUGCCCUGGGCCUCAUGGACCAGCCUGGGCUUGGGAAGACCAAGAGUGAGGAAGAGCCUGCACCAUGGCGAGCCCUGCCUGUCCUGUCUGAGCAGCAGUCUGGGGCCGUGGAGCUGGUACUAGCUUAUGCUGCGCCAGUCCUUGACAAGCAACAGACUUCACGCCUCCUCCGUGAAGUGUCCACACUCUACCCACUGCCUGCCCAGUCCCACCUCAAGCGGGUCCGCUCUAGCCGUGGAGCCAAAGGUUCCCAUGCCCUGGAGCUGCUACUGUGCUUGGCCAGGCCAUCGGCUGGCCCAUGCUCCCUGGCUGAGCUUCUUCCGAAGCCAGCUGUGGACACCCGUGGCCUGGGGCCACCCUUCUUGGUGCUUGUGCCUGCCCGGCCGCCCCUCACCCGGAACCAGUUUGAGGAGGCACGUGCACACUGGCCCACAUCUUUCCAUGAGGACAAGCAAGUGACCAGUGCGCUGGCUGGCCAGCUCUUCUCAGCCCAGGAACGGGCUACCAUUCAGAGUCACAUGGAACGGGCCAUGCGGGCAGCCCAACGGGCAGCAGCCCAGGGCCUGAGGGCCAUGGGUGCUGUUGUGGUGGACCCAGCCUCAGGCCAAGUGCUGGCUACCGGCCAUGACUGCAGCUGUGUGAGCAGUCCCCUGCUGCAUGCUGUUAUGGUGUGCAUUGACCUCGUGGCCCAGGGCCAGGGCCGUGGCACCUGGGAUUUCAGGCCCUAUCCAGCCUGCUCCUUUACCCCAGCCACCGUCCUGCAAGGUGCCCAUGUGGGCAGUGUUCGUAAGCUGGACGCUGUUGAGGAUGAGGAUGGCUUGCCCUAUGUGUGCACUGGCUACGACCUGUAUGUCACCCGUGAGCCCUGCAUCAUGUGUGCCAUGGCCCUCGUCCACUCCCGCAUCCAGCGUGUCUUCUACGGGGCUCCCUCUCCUGAUGGUGCCCUGGGCACGCGCUUCCGCAUCCACGCACAGCCGGAUCUCAACCACCGAUUCCAAGUAUUCCGAGGUGUCCUCGAGGACCAGUGCCGCCAGCUUGACCCUGACCCGUAGGCCUGGUGCCCUCUGCUUCCAGAACAUUCUCUGCUUUAGCCAGUCUCAGUUGUGUCACCUGAGGCCCUGUUGCUCUUGGUCCAGAGGCCCUGUCCUUUGUAAGGACAUUGGCGCUUAUCCCAGUAUGUGGCUCCUUCCAGCCCGAAGCAAGUGCCCCCUCUGUCUGCUGGAUGUGAGGAUCCCAGGGCUCAGCUCCUCAUGGAGCAAGCUCAGUGGCCAUCUUGUCUACCUAGUGGUCCUCUACUGUCCUGACCAGGAACAGCUAUGGUGUGGAAAUAAACCAGCUCCUGUCUGCA